AUGGCCGUCAAUCAGUCGAGCGCGAAGUUUUGCUCCAAUUGUGGAUUUUCUUUAGAAAAAAACUUUUGUUUUUGCCCAAAGUGUGGAAAAGACAUAAUAAAUAAUGCCAACGUCAAAGAAGAUGAAAAGGUCAAGACUGAAAUACCCUCCGACAAUGCAAGUAAUAGCAGGAGAUUCGCAAUGCCAAGGUUUUCCUUGCCCAGCUUUCGCGCCUUUAAAGCCAAGAAAGAAACUGAACGACAAAAUUCGUUUUCCAAAAAGAGUGCCACUAUUAACAAGAAAAGAAAAAUAGAAGACAAAGAAGUUACUAUACAAGUUGGUGUAAUGGAUGAAUACUUCAAA